GAGAUUGGUGUACAUGCAAGGACGAAUUUGGAGCAUGACCACAGAGAAUCCAACCCAAUCAAGGUGGGAAAAAUUGGGGUCUUCUCUUAGUGGUUGACGUGAAAAGGUUAAAAAUCUCAUUCCACACACAAUAUAUAUAUGUAGCUUACAAGGCUUAAAUAAAUAAAAUCUCACACAAGUGUUUACAGGCAUAGAUAGAUAGUAUUAAGCAGAGAAAUUUGAGAGUGAAAGGAAAAAAGGGUUGUGGUUAAUUUCAUGGCCACUCCAAUCAUGAAUUCUUCCAUUUCAUGUGGUAGUGUUCUCUCCUCUGUUUUUCUUGUUUCUUUUUUCGCAAUCCUCUGCUCCUCAAACGUGGGCUAUGCUUUGGGCGGUGGAGAGAGUCUGGAUAGCCACCGCCAUCAUACUGUCCAAAUCAGCUCUCUCCUGCCAUCUUCUGUUUGCAGCUCUUCCACCAAAGAUAACAGCAAAAAGGGAUCGCUAAAACUAGUCCACAAGCACGGGGCAUGCUCUCGUCUCAACCAAGACCAAGCCAACGUUCCAACAGCGACUCAGAUCCUCUCUCGUGACCAAUCCCGAGUCAACUCAAUCCAGUACCGAGUCGGGCUCGACGUGGGCCAAUAUGAUAAUCUAGAAGGCCGCAAAUCCACCAUCCCCGCCAAGUCCGGCCGCACGAUUGGCUCCGGUAAUUAUAUCGUUACUGUCGGAUUGGGAACCCCUAAAAAGGAUCAAUCUCUCAUAUUCGACACUGGCAGCGAUCUUACAUGGGCUCAGUGUCAACCGUGCGUGAGGUCCUGCUACGACCAACAAGAGCCCAUUUUCAACCCAUCCACAUCCAAAUCCUACAAAAACAUCUCGUGCGGCUCAACUGAGUGCUCCCAGCUCACCUCCGCCACCGGCAACAGCCCCAGCUGCUCGACCUCCACCUGCGUCUACGGCAUCCAGUACGGUGACUCCUCGUUCUCGGUCGGCUACUUUGCCACCGAAACCCUGACCCUCUCCAGAUCCGACGUGUUCCCCAAAUUCCUCUUCGGCUGCGGCCAGAACAACCAGGGCCUCUUCGGCGGCGCCGCGGGCCUCCUCGGCCUCGGCCGCGACCAGCUCUCCCUCGUCUCCCAAACCGCUUCCAAGUUCGGAAAGUACUUCUCCUACUGCCUCCCCACCCCUUCCAGCUCCGGUUACCUCUCUUUCGGCAAAUCCGGAGCGAAGUCGUCUUCUCCCACGUUCACUCCGUUACUGCCAACUUCUCAGUCCUUCUAUUACUUCGACAUAACUGGGAUAAAACUCGGAGGAUCAACCUUGUCGAUCUCCCAGACGGUGUUCAAGACGGCAGGCUCAAUAAUCGACUCCGGCACCGUCAUCACGCGGCUGCCGCCGGGGGCCUACAGCGCGCUCAAAACCGAAUUCCGGCAGGCCAUGACGAAGUACCCUCUGACCUCGUCGGCAUCGAUCCUGGACACGUGCUACGACCUGAGCAACCACACGAGCGUGUCGAUACCGACGGUGAGCUUCGUGCUCGGCGGUGGGGUCGAGGUUCCGCUGGACGCGCAGGGGAUACUGUACGCCGUGAAGGCGUCGCAGGUGUGCCUGGCGUUCGCCGGGAAUUCGGGCGCGUCCGACGUGGGUAUUUUCGGGAAUGUGCAGCAGCAGACUUUGGACGUGGUUUAUGAUGUUGCUGGUGGGAAGCUGGGGUUUGGGACUGGGGGUUGUUCUUAACUAUGAGAAUUAAAGAAAAGAAAAUGUCUUGAUUAGCUCUUUGAUAGUAGCAAUUAAGGAAAAUGGAAUUUUAGGGUUGAAAAGGAAAUAAAAUCGAUUUAUAUGUAUUAAGUGAAGUAUCUGGAAAUAAUAUUGGCUGGAUAAAAAGAUUCA